AUGGCGAGCAAUGCCGCCAACCUCAACGCGGUGCGGGAGACGAUGGACGUUCUGUUGGAAAUUUCAAGAAUAUUAAACACUGGCUUGGACAUGGAGACAUUGUCUAUUUGUGUGCGGCUUUGUGAACAGGGGAUAAAUCCGGAAGCAUUAUCAUCUGUUAUUAAAGAGCUACGUAAAGCUACAGAAGCUCUAAAGGCUGCUGAAAAUAUGGCUGGCUGACAUGGGAGAAGAUUUUUAUUUGAGAAACACCAUGUUAAAGUUAACAGGCUUUGAAGAUUGCUGUUAUGCAGAAAAGCAAAAUAAGUUUAUGUGCAUAGGCUUCAUAAUAUUGCUGUAAUCUUCUUGAAAAGGAAGGCGUAUAGAAUAGCUUGAAAAGUUUUUAUAAGUUCAUCAAUAGUCUCAUUAC